AUGCGGCGCGCGCAGAGUGGCGGGACGGCACGGCACGCACUGUAGAAACAGGAAAUAGCUCCGGUUAAAAGGCGCCUGACAGAGCAACACUCGGCGGAGCGAUCGAGUCCGGCGGGUGAUCUGAGGUUUCUACACAUGAACAGAGCCCGUUUAUUAUCCUAACAUUCAUGUUUUAGCCAAAGGAAAGCAAACGCGAGCACAGCUGAGUUGUUUGGAGCGUGCGCGCGGAAAGUCUUGACACUGAGUUUCCCGUCGCCUCUCCCGCGAGCCAUAUUUCCUGCGGUCUGACUGUCAGCGGUGUCACAUGCCUGUGGCGCGCGCUGCUCGCAUACGAAAGACGUGCAGGUAAGGAACAGCGUCACCCUGCAGACUGCGGUUAGAAGCGCACCUUCCUUCCCGCGUGACACGUGGGCGCUAUGGGGAUCGAGCGGAUCUGGGCUCUGGGACUUCUGCUGGCGCUCGUGCCAUGGCUGUGCCAGUGCAUAUCGGUUACUUUCCAGCAUAUCCAGCAACCCCUCCAUGUGAUUCUGAAUGAGACCAUGGUUCUGGAAGCCCACAUUCAGAGCCCUAAGGAGCAAAUUGCUCAUGUGACCUGGGAAAUACGGGCAGAGAGCAGCACUGGCUUGAGGAAGGUUACAGUGGCAGAGUUCCCAGGCUCCAACAUCAAUUCCCGGAUAACUACGGGCAAUAAUGGGGCCACACUGAGGGUGCUGGGCUUCCGCAGGGAAGACUGCGGGAUUUACACGUUAACCGUGACCAGCCAGUCCCGCACUUCUGCGUCUGCAGACUGCAUUGUGCAGGAAUACAAGGCUGUGCAUCAUGUCACCGUGUCCAUCAACGUGUCCCACACCAGUCUGCUGUGUCAGGAAGCCUGGGGCACUGACCCCAAAUUUAAAUGGCUGCAUGAGAGAACCCAGAUGAAUGAGGAGGUGGGAAAGCCAUCUGUCGAUGGUCACGUGCUGUACCUGUCCUCGGAACCCUGCGGACACUUUACCUGUAUCGUCAGCAACCGCCUGGGACAGAGUUCUGCCACAUACACUGCGGAGCCCUGUGCGAAGCAGAGCAAUAGCACUGCUGUGGUGGUGGUGGCCUUCCUGGUCAUUCAGCUCAGCUGUGGCGCUGCCCUGGCAUUCAUCAUGUGGAGGAGACGAAGAAGAUACUUGAACAGAAGGGAGCGGCUAACUGAGUCGUAUGAGGUUCAGUUCUGAAGAACCACACUGGACAGAAAGCUGACUGAGGGCCCAUCCCUUCCUCUCGCUGUCUGAACUUCCACUGCCUGUUGGGGACACUGCGCUGCAGGAACUGCAGGAAAUGAACGCCAUCCAUUGGGAGGGGUUUCCUCCUGUGUGCACCCCUUUGACCUCCUGCUGAGCUUUGGAACAGUGGGGGGAGCUGACUGCUUGACAGCAGUUUGAAGCUUGAUAGUAGAGGAGAUCUGUUUUUGUUUUGAAUUUCAGCUUCAGUCUUCUGUUAUGAUAAUGAUUAAAUUGAUAAACAAUUGUCUGUAAAAUUCUAUGGAAUGAUUUUUGUAAUGACCUUUUACAUAGAAAAAUAAAUUAAAGGAAUUUUUAUGCUUUUUUUAAAAAAAAUAUGGGGCAGUCAUAUUGACAAAAUGAAUCUGUCAGAUUGUAGGUUUAUACAAAAUUAAAUCAUGAGGAAAAAAUAAUUCGCUGAAUGAGAAUAAAGCGGUGCACAGGGGAUUGUUUUUACAAGGCAGGACCAGAAGCUGUUGUUAUUACACCAGUA